UGUGGUAAAGCCUCUCUCCUCACAUUGGUUUUCCUUCUCUUGCUUCCCUUUCCUGGCUGGGGCUUCUAAUGACUCCCCUCCCUUGGCUCCCUUCACUCCCCUUGCUUGGCCUUGCAUCCGUAUCCUUCUCAUGCUUCCCUCGCUCCCUCUCUUUGCCUUGGCACUCUCUACUUCUUGUAUACUGUCUUAGUUCACUCUUAUUCGUUUGUAAUAAAACUGCUUGUCCCCAUGAGCUUAUCUGCAUGUAAAUCAACUUUUCGUCUAUUUAAAAUUUAUAUUACCAAGGAAACACGAAAAGCUGCUGGUAUUUAACUGGUUAUACCAAUUUUGCAGUUUCCCUACUGAUAUUUUAUGCUGAACUAUCAUGACCUUAUAAACACCGAAGGCAAAUGACUUGAAAUAUGACAUAUAACAAAUUAUCUAACACUCUCAAAAUUAUAUUAUUUAUAACAUAUGUAAUAUUCUCAACAACACGACAAAGAAGAGCAAACUUUGACUUGAGAACAGCACCAAUCCCAAAAAUUAAAUUGAGAAAACCUCAGCUUGUUGCCUUGCGAGUGGUAAUUUUCUGGAAUAUCAUCGCAACGAUUGUGGAAACAAUAGAUUCUCACUCUCUUCUAUCCAGAUAUAUCGAAAUUAUGCCACGGAACCCCCACCAAACGCCCACAUUCUUGACUCCGAUAGCAGGAUAGGGCAUGAAAGGUAACGGGGAAAUUGCGGAGUAAAAUAGAACUAAUAUGCAAACAACCAGUCACUAUAGUCUAAUACUGGCGGCAACCUUCCCAUGGGGAGGCUGCCGUUCUCCAACCCCAGGAAAACAGUAUUCUCCAUAUAUUCACGGCAGGAUUGUGCUUCGGUCGCUCCUGUAAGUCGGUCGUGCGCUUCUCCCCUGCCGUGAAUAGUCGGGAGAUUCCUUGUUUUCCUCGGCCGGGGUUGGGCACAACACCCUGCGUAAGGCAAUAUAGUGAUUGAUUCUGUGUAUAUACGUCAUAAUUUACCCCGCAAUUUUCCCGGUACCUUACAAGCUCUCCCCUACUAUCGAGGCCAAAAAAUGUGGGGUUGGGGGUUUCCGCGGCAUAAUUCCUACAUAUAUGUUUACUAGAGGGUGAGAGAUAUCCAUUGAUACCAAAAUCGUCGCGAUGGGUAAUGCGAUGCUAUUUUAGACUUUUAUCGAGAAUAUAAAUAACCAUCAUCAUAACGACAAGUGACAAUUUUUUUCUGAUGUGGAACAUAUCCUUUUACUCCUAUAAUCCAAGUUAAUUUCUUCGUUGUAUGAAACUCAUGAGACAAGCUUCGUUUAAGUCUCCCUUCAACGCGUUAUCUGUUUUCGAAACUGCGUCCGAAUGCUCCAGCCUUUUAGGACGGUCUUCGAAAUUGGCAAUGACUGUUGAUGCUGAUUUUAUAGGACGAUGAUUGUAUAUUUGUGUGAUAUUCUCCUUCCAUGUAAUUUCCAAACCAGCCAGUUCGCCGUUGCUAUGGCAACUGACUUCGCUAACCACUCCAGUAAUGACUUUAAUAAAUAAAUGUUUGACUGCAAUUAGUCUUUUAGCACCUGAUUGUUUAUCUGUAACCAAUAUUAAACGCCCCAACAGUCUUUUUGUUAUGAAAUGAUUGGGAAACCAACGCCUUUUUCUUUCUGGCAUGUCCAAUGUCAGGUCAUCGCCGUCAGUAGCCCCUCUCAACGCUUGUGUGAAGGUACUCUCUCUCUGUAGUGUUCGGACGGCCAAGACACGACAUGACUACCUUUUCUUUUAAAACUACUAUGUCGUCAUGCUCAACUUAGUAACACGUAUCAGGAAUUGACCACAUGAAGCAAAAGGUUAUGGUAAAGUACGAGAACGGCUUGUGAUACUCAACCCAGCUCAUAACAAGGUUUCAAAGCAGAAAAAGAAGAAGAUAAAUCGAAGAAUGAAAGCAUUUUCUACCCAUUAUAUGAGAAAUCCAGAACUAAUAGAUGACCUGCUUCAAGGUAAUGCAGAGCUUGAUACCUGGUUGGGAAAAGAAACUAAUUGGAAGAUAGACGUGACAUCAGUUACAGCUGUUGAAUCUGCAGCUAAUGCCAAUAAUGGUAUUGUCUCUGCAUCUAGUAUUGCAAGUUUGGCACCAGAAGUACAUGAAGAACAAGAAACUAUAAAUACCUCUUCAGAGACACUUAAAGAGAUUGAUGAGAACAGACAAGGAGACAUACCACGUAAACAGACUAACACGUUAAGUACAAACAGGGACCUUCAAACCCACCGCACUAAAAAGAAAAGUUCUAGAAGUGUUCCUUCUAAAGAAAAAAAGACGUCACCCGUAAAAGGUAAAAUUGUCUCUGCAUCUAGUACCGCAAGUUUGGCACCAGAAGUACAUGAAGGACAAGAAACUGUAAAUACCUCUUCAGAGACACUUAAAGAGAUUGAUGAGAACAGACAAGGAGACAUACCACGUAAACAGACUAACACGUUAAGUACAAGCAGGGACCCUCUAACCCACCGCACUAAAGAGAAAAGUUCUAGCGGUGUUCCUUCUAAAGAAAAAAAGACAUCACCCGUAAAAGGUAAAAUUGUCCCUGCAUCUAGUACCGCAAGUUUGGCACCAGAAGUACAUGAAGGACAAGAAACUGUAAAUACCUCUUCAGAGACACUUAAAGAGAUUGAUGAGAACAGACAAGGAGACAUACCACGUAAACAAACUAACACGUACAGUGCAAACAGUGGCUCUCAAACCCAUCACACUAAAAAGAAAACUUCUAGUAGUAUUCCUUCUAAAGAAAAAAAGACAUCUCCUGUAAAAUGUAAACUUGUGUGCCUACCCAAAACAAAUACCUGUUUAGUUUUAAACAACACAGUUAAACCAGUUGCUAGUCAGAAAGGUAAAGAUAUGCUUGCCAAACUAGAUCUAAAAGCAGCAAAUACAGAGCUUGGAAAGCACUCUGUUUCAUUUGUACAAGAUGUUAAUCAGAAUGGUAAACCAGCUGAAAACCACAUAUCAGACGCUAUCACUCCAAAUUGUGCUAUCAAUACUGACAGUGUUAAGAAAGUACAGAAUUAUUCAGAUGAAUUCAGAGAAAGAUGGCACACUAAGGAGAGUAAUCAUAUUAGAGAUGAGAUGAACUUAGACAAUGUUAUCUUUUCUCAGACACAGGAUAGUCAGUUACCGGUGAUUACAGAAGUUGUAUCCAUUGCAGCAAGCCAAAUGGAUGAAAUGUGCUCAGAAGAGGAUAAUAGAGAAAAUGAAAUAAUAAAGGACAUAUAUAAAGGAAAGCCACAAGAGAAAAACAAUGUAAAUUUAAAAAGGUGUCAUGACUCUAGCCAAACAAUUGAUAAUUCAAAAAGUAAAUAUCCAGCAGCAGGUCACCCCAAAAGAAGGAAAAAUGUAGUAAAUGAAGAAGAGAAUAAUUUUGAUAGUUUGGGUAAUGAAGUAGAAGUUCAGCUAGUAAAAAAAAGGCCUGUUGUUAUGCCAGAACUAUCAGAAUGUAUUAAAAACUGGCAGAAAGUCUUUCCAUGGGUGACAUAUUGUGAAAAGCAGACACUUAUCUGUGAGGCUUGUAAAUGGGGAAGCACAGACCCUGGUCAGUUUAAAGUGUUUGUAUUAUCUGAGCCAAGUGAAGUGUAUCAGACAGCUAAAAUAUUGCGUUGCCAUGAUGAAUCUCAAAAGCACAACGAGUUUAUGAUAAAGAAGCUGCAGAUACAAAAAUUGUUUAGGCAUGUUUAUUCAUUGUUGAAAGGUACUAUGAAGGAUGUUUCAGGACUGGAAGGCCUAACAGAGAAGAUAACAAAUUUAGAAGGAGGUGUAUUUCCAGGGCCUCAAAGGUCUCUCGAAAAAGACAUUUUAGUUUCAUAUAUGGUGAAGCACAUAGCCACUUGCUUGCAAAAUAGACAACUAAAGGCUCUAAAAAGGUCACCAUAUUUUAGUGUACUUGCUUUUGAAAAGAAUAGUCUAGCUAUAAUCAGAUGGCUUAACCAAAGAGGCGAAUGUGAAGAACAUUUACUUAGUGUCAAUAGAUGUAUACAAGAAAAGGAAUUAUCUGUAAAGGAGUAUUUGGAGUACAAAAAUGUAGAUCUUCAGAAAAUGUCACUUUAUGCAGACAUCCCCCAUAUGAGAAACCUAGGAUUGCUGGACAAACUUGUAUUGCCAGCUCGUUUACCUUCUCUGAAAAAGUGCUUGUCCUGGUUAGAAAGCAAUCAUAUUUUUAAAGAUCUGUUUUAUUAUCUUGAAGAAUUUACAAAAUUAUGCAAAGGAUCACCAUUUAAGUUUGCCAACUUUCCUGAAACAGAGGAAGUGUUACAACUAGAGAAACCUUACAGUCAUAAUUGCUUAAGAAGUGCAAGUAUUCUUAGUUUUCUUUUUAAAAACAGCUUAAAGCUGAAGGAACUUGCUUGUACAAUAUAUGAUGAGACAGGUAGUUUAAAAGCUCUGGAAUUUAGCACAUUGGAUCUAACACAUACGUCUGCCUUCAGGAUUGCAGAUGCAUUAUUUCCUAGAUUACAUGCAGUAUUUGCCAAAAAAGAGCACAGUCAGGCUUCCAUUAUGGAAAUUACAGCAUUGAGAAAAAUUGUUGCUUCUAUGUUGAAAUGUUCAAAAUCUGAGGACUCUGAAGAAGUAACAGUUUUGAGCAUUCUGGACAUAUUUUUGUCAUAUACACUUUUAAGUUUGCAUUCACAUAAAGAUGAAACUCUGAUUUUUUUUACAAUGAGAUUACAACAGGUUACAACUUUUGUAAUGGAAAAAGUAUUUGAGAGAUUUAUGAAGGAAUUUAAAGGAAGCAGCUGUGAAUUGUUACAAGAUGUGCAUGCUGUAAGAACAUUGCUAGGGAAACAGAAAAGUUGCACUGUUUUAGACUUAUUUACAGCAUUCGGGGAAAAGCCAGAUUUGUUUGGUGAUUUCCCGAAACUUCAUGAGUUUUACUUGAAAUUGAAAGUUUUGCCAUUCCUAACUGCUAAAGUAGAGCUUAGUAUGUUUGAUAUUGCAUUGACAUAUGGAACAUUAACUCCUAAGUUUCCAAGAACACUGGUGAUGGCCAUGGCAUAUAUUUCCAUCGAAGGACCUUCACCUAAAGAAAUAGAUGAAGAUUACAUUUUGAGAGAAUGGUCUAGUCAAUGGAAAAUGGGUAUCGAAAAGAAAUUAGACAAGUGAGUUAUAAAAGUCAACAGUGAAUCUCGGUUUAUGAUCAUGCAUGUAAGAAAAUUAAUACAAAAGGUGUUCUCUUCUUUUGUCAUGAAACCUAUUCUAGUGUAAUAGAAUCUGUGAGACAGUUUGUGUGCAUAUAUUUUAUUAUUUGAUAUGAUUUUCUUUCUUUGAUACUGUUAAAUCUAUUGACUGACAUUAUCAUUUUAGGCUUUAAGAAAGACUAAAAGCUGCCAACUAAGGCUUAAAGGCUUUUCCUUAUAGAGAGAAAAUAUAAAAAAAAAAAAAAACUGAUAAGUGAUUGAUUUAGUGGCCAACUUUAUUUAUGCUGCUAAAUGCUAUCAAGUUUCUGUAACAUAUCUAGGAAAUACGAUUUUCUCCUGUCAACAAAAGCACUGCUUAUUGACAGAUACAUUGAUAACUUAAACCAUGGUUGCUGUGUGUAUCACUUGCAUAAUGUUACUGAAUCAAGCAGUUCCCAGGCAUGGCCAUCUAUAUAUUUUACCCAUGGUUUCCACAUGUGAUGACAUCUAUACAAUGUGAUUGCCACUCACCUUCCAAACUUGUAAAGGAAACAUGAUUUGGUAAGAGUGCAUGCCAUCAGGGACACUGAUUUUUUGUUUUAUGAACUGCUAAAGCAUAGUUAUGGCAGUAAAAAUAUGCUUAUAUGAAAACAGUGUAAAGGACAGUGAUGACGACAAAAAAUUUCUUUCUGAAAUUCAGUCCAUGUGGAGGCCUUUAAGUGACUGAUAUUUAUAUGCCAUUAGAUCUAGGCAAUUUCUUGUUAGAUUCUAACCAUUCAAUCUCACAACUAAAAAAACAAAUCUGCAAACUGCUUCAGUUCUGUAAUUAAUUGUGGUUAGAACUCCUUUCAGCUAAAAUAUAAGAGAAAUCUCCCUACAAGUGGUGUGCAGUUCCAUUGUUCCAAGCUGAAAGUAACAAAGUAACUUUUUUUGAACAAUUAGUGGUGCUUUAAGGUCAAAUGAGACAUAUAUAUUGUUAAUUAAUCUUUGUUGAGUGUCUUGACACCAUGAGCCUUACUACACUAUCAAGAACUUGCAGGCAAAGGUUGGUGUAUGUGUUGUGGUGUAUACUUCCACAUUCCUAUUCCUAUAGGCAUUUAUGAUACAUUUGAAUUAAAUGAAGGGAGUAUAAGUUAAUUAACUUAUCACUUUAUCAGCAUAAUAGUUUUCUUUAUUUUUUUGCUUUUGCACAUUCUAGUGGUGUCAUAUUCUGUUGGUAUUUUUAUUUAUUUUUCUUUGAAACAAAGAAAAUCAUGUGGCUUUGGAGUUCAGUGUGAAGGUGACUCUAGGAGUUCAGUUUUUGGUCCUAACAUCAGCUCUUUGGGCUGUCACAAAAAUUCCAUAUUUGACAUCUUUUUUCAAUCUUCAAUGUUAGAGUUACUGUAACUUAGUCUAGUCAGCUCUGGGCCUAACCACCUGACACAAAAGGUUAAUUUUUAAACUUCUAAGAGACAGGAAAGUUGGAGCUAUGUAUGCACAUAGAACUGAAUUGGAAAUGUAAUAAAUGAUAAAUUUUUUGCUAGAUUUUGUCCUGUGUAACACACACAUGAAUGGGACUGAGUUGCAAAACAUGUGCUUAGAUGGUUGUAGUUAUACCCUUAGUACAGCAAUGACUCUUAAUUGUUCUUGAGGGUAAAGAGCAAGAUGCAUUGUCCAUGAGUGAUCAACAGAUGUAGGAGACUGUGUGAUCACCAAAGUAAUUGAAGUCUUGCCAUUGAAAUCUGGUAUGUCUCUAGUAGCAUUACAGUUUACUUUGAAAGAGUGUGCUGACCUAGGCUGUUGUGGUCAGGUUACACAGAUUAUCCAGACAACAGAGCAUGUUUGCUUGAUGUUUUAUGGCACACAGAAUCAUCAGGCUUGUAACUGAAGGGACUAGCCUAAACCAAGAUUGUAGAUUUUUAUUUAUUUGAUGUACAAAUAUUUUAUGUAUAUUUCUUUUUUUUGUGUAAUGCUAGGUUAUUUAUAUUUCAGUGCUACAUUAUAAAUAGAUGGUUUCCCACAUUG